UGUGUUGUUAGGAAGGAUGGUUUUAAGUGAGCAUUUGAAGUUUUAGGGCAAGAAUAGCCUCGGGCCAUCUGUCAGGAAAAGCUGCCACAUCUGGGCAGUGUCUCUCCUAGGGUGAAACGUGCGCAGAUUACACUGAAGUAAUAACGAGCUCACCUAGAGUUUGACAGCAGACAGGAAAUUUACAGGCACGGCAUGUGCCUUCGGUGCCCGGGCUAUGGAGGAAAGAACACAGACGGUCUUCCUGAGGCGGGGCAGACGAAACCGCUGAAAGUGAAGGAGAAUUAAGGCGAUACACGGUGGUCAUUCAAAAAGCCUCACACUUCCCCUCCUAGGAAGAUGGAACAGGCAUGCGUUUUCCUCCUUCCCGCAGGUGCAACCGGAAACCUCGGGCAGGGCCCGUCAAACAAACGCAGGAAGACCGGGGCGGAGAGAGGAAGCCCCGGGGAUCUGGGGGACCCUGAGAACGACAGGAUGGGGCGUUCCUGGGUUUUCUUUUUGACUCUUCCACCCCAAACUGGGUGUUCACGAGGACGCAGAGGAAGACAGCCCCCGCUGCUGUCUCCAGCCAGAGCACUGGGAGAGGCGCGGCUCCAGGAAGUAUUUCAAGGACCCUGGGAAAUGGGUGAUCUCGGACUGUGAAAAACCUUCAGAAGACUGGAAGUGUUUUGAAGUUGAAGGUUAUGGUUCUUUCUCAUUUUGUUUCAAAACAGGUCCCCCAUUUCCCUUACUGUAGGAUUCGAGGAGACAACCAGAGGAGGAAAGGGGUGUCAGGGUCAGAGCCGCCUAGAAGGCGACGAGAAGCAGAAGCGCAGGCCUGCGAGGUGCUCUUCAGAGUGACUUCGCUGUGGGCCGCGGAAGGCAACAGAAGGAACUCGGCUUCCACUGGCCACGUUCCCCUCCCCGGAGCGCAGGACACAGCCCGGUUUCUUCAGGCGGCGGCUCCAGCCAGCUCCGCCCCACAGGGAAGCAGCGCGCAGCUCCCACACCCCGCAGGCGGCGCAGAAGACUCCGCCUUCCCGGAGCGCAGGCGUGUGGGGGGCGCCGCCCUCGUCGCCGUCGGGAGCCCCGCAGGCCCGCGGCCGUCUGCCUGGUUCUCCCGCCUCUGCAAGCCUCGCCUUCAGGACUCCGCCUCGCCGUCCUCUUUUCUGUCGGGAGACUCACGGGGCCGUCUGUCCGGACGACGUGUGCACAUUUCUCACCACGAUUCCUCUGCACACCAGGUCCCGGCACCGCCGCGCUGGCGUCGGCACAGCUGAAUUGUGCGGGCAGCGAGGGGGCCUCAGGGGGACCGCUCAGCUCCCUGAGGGCGCACCCCGCCUGGUCCGGGGCGAAGAAUGAACUUCCUCCGCGGUUUUCAGUGACCCAGUUUGUGGCACGGCACAUGCUGAAAAGGUAAAUCUGACCGCGUUACCUCAGAGAUGGGCCGUGAGCGGCUUUGUGCCGCCAAAUGACCUGUUUACCCAACAGCGCCCCCUGUAGCCCGGUGCUCAGAACGGGCUUUUCCAUGACGUUCCUACAUUGUGUUUACAGCGCUCUGUGAGGGGUUUGCACGCACAGGCCGACCUCGUUUUAUUGCGCCUUGCUCUAUUGUGCCUCGCAGAUACUGCACUUGUUUUUACAAAUUGAAAGUCUGUGGCAACUCCGUUGGGGCACAUCAAUGGGUCCCAUUUUCAAACAGCUUGUGCUCACUUCAUAUCUCUGUGUCACAUUUUGGUAAUUCUUGUAAUAUUUUGAAUUUUCUCAUUAUAAUUAUGCCUGUCAUGGUGAUCUGUACUUAGUGAUCUUCGAUUUUACUUUGUAAUUGUUUUGGGGAACCAACAACCACACCCAGGUAAGACGGAAAACAUAAUAAAUGUCAGGUGUGUUCCAUGUGC